AAGGAGAGCUUUAAAGAGAUUGCAUUACCAGAUUGUUUUGGGGAAGAAGAAGGAGGUUUUUAUAAAGUUCUCCGUGGCAUGGGGGAGUCGAAGGGGAAAAUAUCCUUCUUGAUGGAUUGCAAUUCCCAGGAAUAUUUCAACAAAGGUAUCGCUCGGUUUGAGAUAUGGAUGAUGCUGGAGAAUUCUGCUUGGAAUAAGCAACUUACCACCGAAGUUGGUCUCCAAGUUGGCCCUUGCCAUGGGCUUUUAUGGAGGGGGAUGAAUGACCAAGUUGUGUUACUAAUCACAAUGGGGAAGGGGAUGUGUCGCAAUCUUGUUGCAAAUGACCUCAAGGCCCUCACAAUUAGUGACAUUAAAGAACUCCAAAACUUGAUACCUUUGCAUGCUUUUACUUACAUACCAAGCCUAGAUUUACUUGGGGAAGAAAAUCAUUAGUUCAUGGACUCCUCUAAAGUCUUUGAUUUGUAUUUAAUAGUUAGUUAGGAUGCUAGUAAAUAAGUUAUGUUUGGUUCAUGUUAAAUAUGUUAAUAUAUAUUAUAAAAGGGUUUUGUAGUUUGUCUUAUGAGAAUUGCAAACACUUCAAUCUCAAGAGUUGUGAAAUUUUUGUGGGGUGUUAGUAAUUGAUCUUGUUAAUAAUGAGAUUGAGGUUUA